AUGGAAUCUAACGCUAUCCGACAUAUAACCUCCUCACCGUUCCAUCCGCGGACGAAUGGUCAAGCCGAGAGGUUUGUUCAGUUGGUUAAGAAGGCAAUCAAAUCAGCAUCAGGAGAUUCUACAUGCAUCAACAAGAAACUUAACUCAUUUCUUUGUAAAUACAGAAUCACCCCACAAGGAACCACAAAUGAAUCACCUUCCAUGUUGAUGUAUGGCCGAAAUAUUCGUACCCGUUUAGACAUCAUGAAACCAGACUUGGCUACUACAGUCCUCUGUAAACAAUAUGGUUCAAAGGCAAAACACUGCGGAAAUGAUAUUCGGGAGUUCUCUGAGGGUGACGCAGUAAACACACGCGAUUACCGCUGUAAUGCAGACAAGUGGACGAAAGGACAAAUCCAUUCUCGAACUGGACCCCUGUCUUACAAGGUGGACGUCAAUGGAACGCUAUGGAGAAGGCACGUUGACCAGAUAGUUGGAACUUCAAAUAAUCAAGCUGCUGACCCAAUUCCUGUGGACAUCACUGCUGAAACUCCGUUUGAGUCAUCCGUGAAUGUACCAUGUCCUCCUGACAGUAAUAAGGAAUGCGUGAAGGACACCGCGAGCAGUACACCAACACCACGUCAAAAUCCACCGCGAGCCGGAAACAAACCGGACAAGUUGAACUUGUGA